AGGAGGAACUAUUCUGUUUCAGGGAGUGCCUCCUGGCAGUGGCUCCUGUUCAGUGGCAGUGGUGGAGCCACAAGCAAGACAAGAGGGUUCAGGAUGCAGUUGCUGCGAGCUGUCCUACUGCUAUUCGUUCUGCCCAUUCACGGCCAGGAUACCACGAGUGAAGGGAUAGAAGUCCUGCCUCCUCUACCCAAGGGGGCCUGCACAGGUUGGAUGGCGGGCAUCCCAGGGCAUCCUGGCCACAAUGGGACCCCAGGCCGUGAUGGCAGAGAUGGUGCCCCUGGUGAGAAGGGUGAGAAGGGAGAUCCAGGUCUUGUUGGCCCUAAGGGUGACACUGGUGAAAUCGGAGUGACUGGGGAUGAAGGUCCCCGAGGCUUUCCGGGAAACCCCGGCAGGAAAGGAGAACCCGGAGAAGGUGCCUAUGUAUACCGCUCAGCAUUCAGUGUAGGAUUGGAGACCAGGGUAACUGUCCCCAAUGUUCCCAUUCGCUUUACCAAGAUCUUCUACAAUCAGCAAAACCACUAUGAUGGCACCACUGGCAAGUUCCACUGCAACAUUUCUGGGCUGUACUACUUCUCCUACCACAUCACAGUCUAUCUGAAGGAUGUGAAGGUUAGCCUCUUCAGGAAGGACAAGGCUGUGCUCUUCACCUAUGACCAGUACCAGGAAAAAAAUGUGGACCAGGCCUCCGGAUCUGUGCUUCUCCAUCUGGAGGUGGGUGACCAAGUCUGGCUCCAGGUGUAUGGAGAUGGAAGUCAUAAUGGACUCUAUGCAGACAAUGUUAAUGAUUCCACCUUCACAGGCUUCCUUCUCUACCAUGAUACCAACUGAUUAGCACUAACUCAGGCUUCCACUGGGCCAAAUAGCCCAAAAGUCAGUCAAAGAAUGGUCACCACGCUUUCAUUGUAGUUAGGAGAUUGAUUUUAUUGUAGUUGG